GUGGACCUUGAUGACCGCACAACAAGUCGCUCACUUAGUAUAUGCUCCCUUUCCCUGCAAACAAGAGCAUGAGUUUGAGUCACUUGGAUUAAAGGCGAAUUCCCUCAGCCUACAGAACUUAUAUUUUUAUCAUUCUGUGUUUUUCAGCUCCACCAUUGAUUGGCUUUCUUCCAGCAGAAGUUUCAAAGCUCAACAAAGACCCUGAAUCAAUCUUUGGACUUAACUAAACAAGUCAGAGUGCUGCAGGAUACUGAAGACCCCCAAGCUGCACUUGGCAGCUCCACAAACUAUGGCACAGAGCACGCCGGAUGCUAAUCCUGCCAAGUUGAUCCAAAAUCCAAAGGCUGACAACAAGGACUCAAGAAGUGAGCCUGCAUCAGCCGUGUCGGUCAAAGUCAGACCUGCAGACCUGGGGCUGAUUCGAAGCUUGUCCAAGUCAGACUCUGACUUGUUGGCGUCACCGCUCGGAGAAGAGGAUGGAGGUCUGGCUGGCCGCAGUGGGUCGGUGUCUAAUUGCAGCUCAGGGCGGCCGUCCAUGGAGCGCAUGCCUUCCUUUGCCUCCGAGUGGGAUGAGAUCGAGAAGAUCAUGAACCUGAUUGGAGCAGGCAUAGAAACGUCCAAGAGCAAACAGCCCACACAGAGCUCAGAUGGGGCCUGCGGUAGAGCCCUGGACCAGCCGGUGGGAGAGUGGCUGGAGCACGUGGGGCUGCCGCAGUACGAGAGCAAGUUCCUGGUCAAUGGCUUUGACGACCUGCGAUUCAUGGGAGGUAACGUGAUGGAGGACCAGGACCUCAGAGACGUUGGGAUCACCGACCCAGGACACAGAAAGAAGAUCCUCCACGCGGCGCGCAACUUGCCCAAGGUAAAAGCUCUGGGCUGUGAUGGCAGCACGUCUCUCGCCUCCUGGCUGGACGGCCUUGGUCUGCAUGAAUAUCUGCCCAACUUCCUUUCAAGCGGCUACCGCACGCUGGAGUGUGUGAAGAACCUGUGGGAGCUGGAGAUCGUCAAUGUGAUUAAAAUCGGCGCCCUGGGCCACAGGAAGAGGAUCAUCGCCUCACUGGCAGAGAGACCCUACGAAGAAGCUCCCAGCAAGUCCCGUCGUCUGUCCCCCAUCAUGUUUCAUGACCUCCUGUCCCAGACCACGUCCCCCCUCAGUCAGAUGGACCCCUACACCAGUCGCUCCAUGGACAUGCUCCUGCCGCUGACCGAGUCGGACCGCCGGCGGAGAGGAGCGGACCAGGACUGUAGUGUGUCUCUGCGGUCGUACAGCGAGAGGCCGCGCUCUGUAGACAGACAGAGCGAGCGGCACAAAGACUCUCGUAUAAACCUCCGGCCGCCGAGCCAGUCUGCGACCUACGCCACGGUGUCCGCCUGGCAUCACCAGCCCGAGAAACUCAUCCUGGAGUCCUGCGGGUACGAGGCCACGUACCUAGGAUCAAUGAUCAUCAGGGAUCUACGAGGGAUCGAGUCCACACAAGACGCCUGCGCCAAAAUUAGGAAAUCAAAAGACUCUAGAAAGGGUCCAGUUGUCAUCCUGUCCAUCACCUACCGAGGGGUCAAGUUCAUCGAUGCAGCCACGAAGUCCAUCGUCGCAGAGCACGAGAUCAGGAACAUCUCCUGCGCCGCCCAGGACCCAGACGACCUCUGCACUUUUGCUUACAUCACCAAGGAUCUGAAGAGUGGCCACCACUUCUGUCAUGUCUUCAGCACCGUGGAAGUGACACAGACCUACGAGAUCAUCCUGACGCUGGGACAGGCCUUCGAGGUGGCCUAUCAGAUGGCGAUCCAGUCCAGGGCGAGACAGUACGUCCCCCCUUCAUCUCAUGUCUCAGAGGUCAUCGAGACCAAAACCACCCGUCCUGCGUCCCAGUCGUGGAGCAGCAUGCGGAGAUCAGCAGUCCUCCUGCCUCCCAGGGUGCCCCUCUGCUCGAAUGCCGCUGCUGUCACUGUCACACGUGUACUACCCACCGUCCUUCCUUCCUCCCGUUGCACUCUGUUAGCCCUGGAGUCCAGAUCGACCCCUGGAGAUGGACGCAGACAUGCAGUCCUGGGCAGCACCACCUGGCUCUUGGACCAGCGCGACUCCAACAGGCGCCCCGUCAGCACCAACCUGUCCUGUCUUACCAGGCAUCUACCACUGUGAGGCACUCAUGAGGAGGCUGCUUUGCUAGCAUGGGAAUGCAAGACGGAACAAAUAAUCAGUGAAAGACAAAAAAAAGCCCCAAAAAAAGCAGCUACAUGCAGCAAACAACCUUUUUUUUUUUCCUUUCUACACAUUUGUACAAUACUCAUGAUAACAACAACACGACGGAAUCUAUCGCUGAUGUCUGAACUCAAACGGACUGAGAACUGAACCCUCACAAACACACACACACACACAAACACACACACACACACAUUGGAGGACAACUUUCCUACACUAUCCCGAGGACAACAGCCUUACUUGAUUUAUCGGGUUAUCUAUAAUCAACUAAAGCCCCGACCACCUCCUGCCCCUUGACCUCCCUGAGCACCACCACCCAACAGCUGCACGCCCCGCCCCUGCUUCUACGAGACUUUAAAAAAAAAGAGAAAAGAGACAACGCGUCUGAUUUCCUGCUGUUGUGUUGAACUGACUCCGACUGGCUGGGAUGACGUUGUUGUUUCGCUGGUACAGUUUGGUCCAGAUGAGUCUUUCCGCUCUGGUCUCGUUCUGCCCUGUGCCUCUCAGCAGUCACGGUAGCACCGAGAGAGACUGCAAAUCACGGCAUCUUCUUCUUCUUGUUGUCAAUUUAAAAGAAAACACUGUGUUCCAAAAAAAAAAAAAAACGAAGAACGUGGCACUAUCCCUUUUAAUACCUUCUUUUUUUUUUCUUACGAUGCAAAUAGGAAAAAAAUCUGUGCAUUUUGUGAUACCUUUUUGAUAGACGGGGGAAAUUUGACUGAACUACUUUGGGAGUGAGCGAUUAGAAGACGGGGUCGUGGAGGAGAUCCUGACAUUAAGACAACCAGAGGCAAAGGGAAAAGACACAACACAAGCAUAAUGGAGUGUACUGACUUUGCUUCUGCAUCUCACAAUUAUGGCAAUCGGAAAACAAAAAACAUCCUCAGUUUAACUGGAGUGUAUUAUCAACCAGCCCCGAGCACAAUUUUGCACAUUUCCCCCCAAACAUAGCAUCUUAUCAUUAGCGGUAUCCAUGCUGGUUUUUCGCACCGAUUUAGAAUAAAGCAGAACACGCAAAAGUAUGUCACUUGAAAAUAAACGGCAGUGGGAAAAAAAAUAAAAAUAACGAUUCAAUUCCACGACAUUAAAAAAGGAGCCAAGUUUUUAAGAAAAAAAUGAAUCUGGUGUGGUGUCGAAUAGAUUUGUGAUGCUGAGGACGUGACACAAUCUUUUUUAUUUUUUUUGAUUUCUAUUUUGAAGAAUCUUCCUUCUGCUGCACUGUGACUCAGAAAUGCUCGUUGUGGAGUCGACGCAUAUCUGUGGGCCCCCCCCCCCCCUCCCCCCCACUCUGUGUGCGCUACCUGCUGUGCGUGCUUGUGUGCCUUGUUUCUCUGUGUGUCCUCAUGGGAGUUUGGGACUGUUACUGUUACAUCACCGGCCACCGUCCUUGUUUGUGUGCUGCUGCGGGAGAUGCGAGGUUUCUUUUUUUCGAGCUCCUCUCCGGUGUGUGUGUCUGCUGGAGACUGUUAAAAAAGAUGUAACCGGUCUCGUGUGCGGCGGUGCCGUGGCUGCGUCGCCAUUGCCGCCAUUGUUCUGACUGUUCACUGUUAGCUUCCACUGACGAUGCAUGUUGGCAGUGUCUCCUCUCUGUGUGUGUUCUGUCCUCCCUCGAUGCACUUGGCCUGAGCAGUCGUCGUUUGUACCGUAGCAGUGUCUCGUCUCCUCUCACUCAUCUGCUUUUUAUGUUCCCCCUCCUCACACACAAAUCAUCCUCAUCCCUCCUCCACUGUCGUCAUCCCUUCCCCAACUACAGAUUUUCUGUCACGUAUGUUCUCCCAUUUUGUGCGUCACCAAGACAACCUGCUCCAGUAUGGAUGCAUAAUAUAAAAAAGCAUUACACUUUAAUGAGCAGCAGCUAUUUACAGCAAGUUUUGGUGGCAUGAUAAUGGCUGUGCAUGUACCAGUCUCUUUUAACAUUGGUGUUUUCCUUGUGUAGCUCGCCCCAGCGUUCAAGUUUCCGGAUACCAAGCUGUGAGUUGAAGGGGAGCGGCCGCUGUGAGUGUGUCUGCGUGCAUUGAGUUUAGUGGGCAGAGCAGUGGAAAGAAAAGAGAGGGAGGUAGAGAGAGAGAGAGGAAAUGAGAGGUAAAGCCUUACGAAAAACAUGCAGGGCCGACCAGCGCUGCUCUGACAUUUAGAUCCCACUCUGAAUAUCCCCCCCUGCUCCUGCACUGACCCCCCCCCCACACCCACACACACCACACGAUAUGAAUCCCAACACGACACGGACGAGACGCAAGCCGUUGUCCCACAUCAGCGGCCGAGUGGGACCAGGUGUGUCCCUCCCGUCUCCAGGAAAGGUCAGCCAGAAAGGUCAAGACUAAUUCCUGGCCUCCGUGUGACUCUCUGAUCUCAUCAUGUAGGUACUGUAAUGUUUUAGAGCACCGUAGACCAUUAAUGAUAUAGACCGUUAAUGAGCAUUUCUAUUGAUUCAGGUCUAUGGGAGAUAGUCACAGCAGGGGGUGAAGGGAACUGUAACAGAAAUGUAGAGACGAGAAAAAAGAAAACUGUACCAGCAUCCGAUGCUUUGCCCAUGUUUGUGGACAGAGUGUGGCUCAAUGGAAAUGUGAUUCUGUCUCAAAUUUCAAAGCAAUAUUAUAUUAAUGAAAUUAAAUAAGACAAUGACAAAAAGAAUCCCUCUCACGUCUGUUGUCGGCAUGACUUUUUGUUUUUACUGGUUGAGUGAGAAAAGACAGAAAAGAGAACGUGAAACCAGCCGUUUAACAAUAAAGAGACAACUAUUACAACCUGCUAAUUAUUGAACGAUUACAACCUUCAAUGUUUCCCAGAGGUUAGUGAGGUGUGUGCGACUUCUAAUUUAAACCAUCAGCCUAAAUUUGCGUGUGUUUAAGUCUCGGAGCAACACGUCUGAUUCUGUAUCGUAUUUUCUGUAUCGUCACAAACUCCUCGAACUUAGUGGAUGAAAAAAAAGUGAUUUUCAAAUAACUUCCAAAGGUCCAACGAAACAAAAUGCAGCAUUACUUAAUUUCUAUGAAAGACAGAGCGUAUUAUAUAAUUUCCACUUAUUAUAUUUUUAUAACAAAAUACUGCAUUGGUGUUUUUCUGUCGUGCCGUAGUAAAUGUGGAGAUACGAUAUUUCUGCCAAUCUGGAGUAAUAAUUGGGUUUAAUCUUUUUAUGGUGUUGCAGACUAAUUCAUUGUUUUAUUCAUGUUGUUAGAAACGUAUUUGAGGAUCCUGGAAUUACCUUUAAAACCAAAAGAAGUGUUAAAGACCGUAUGUUUCUGUUUUUAAGUUUCCAUGCAUUUAAAUGUUCAAGCUCCAAGAAGGUUCCAGAUCCCAAGAGUGGUUUAACACAAAUUAAUACAACUCCUCUAAAGAUUCUGCAGAGAACACGAAUGCUUUGUUUACUGUGGCAGGUAACCAGUGUAUUUAUUUCUGUACAAUAUGAAAAAUGUCCUCAUGUGACUCGCUUGAAUAGUGUUCAACUUUUCACCCUUUGAAACUUUCUUAUGUUGUAUAAUCGAUCACAUGAACAUCCUGUCCGUGACCUUCAGGGACAACACAUCCGAUCUUGCAGGAAUAAACUGUUAAACUUAAA